AUGGCGGCCAAGUCAAAGAAGCGGCUGUCUAAAAUUGAAAAUAAAUUACUAAAAUUGGAAAAAUUAGAAAUUAAUGAUGUUGUUUGUUCAAUUUGUCACUCCAUACUUGUAGAACCUGUUACGUUACCAUGUUAUCAUGAUUUUUGUCAAAGUUGUUUUAAUGGUAGCAUAGAAAAUAAUUCUUUGUGUUGUCCUCUAUGUCGUUUACGCAUUGGCUCUUGGCUAAGAUCAGCAACAAAACAAAAGAAUUUAGUUAAUUUAGAACUUUGGGAAUACAUCAAAAAUAAAUUUUCACGUGAAGUAGACAAAAAAAUAAAUGGGGAUGACAUUAAUAUACCCGAAGAAAUACCAAUACCACGAUUGAGUGCACCGGGAGAAAUUAGACUAGAAUAUGAAGCAGAAUUGAAGAGAUUGAGGUCUGAACGUCUUAGACUUGAACAGAAACACUUGGCAGAAACAGAACUUCUCAUUAAAAAACUACAAGCUGAAGAGCUUGAAGCUGAACAAAAAUAUAUGGAGAGGAUAAAACAAGAUGAGAUGUUAGCAAAACAAAUGCAAGAUACUGCUGAAGCUACAGUUCUUGAGAUUAAUAAGAAAGAUUGCUCUAAAGAUGUUCCUACAAAACCAAGACUUAAGGCUAGAAAGAUAGAUACCUAUUUAUCAAAAAUACAAGCACCUGUAAAGGAGAGUCCAUUAUCAGCUGAUGACAAUCAAAGCAAUGAUGGAACUUCACAGAGAAAGUCUGCUCAUAAAUCCAACAAUAGGCCUUCACCGGAAAUGCUUCCCAACUAUGGAAAGCUCUUGAAAAGUUUUUUGGAAAGAAAAAUGAAAAAUGGUGUUGGUGUUUGGAAUAAGGAGAAUGGUGAAAAUGCCACAAAGACAACACAACCUAUUGAAAGUUCUAGUAGUAACAAAGAAUCUGACCCACCGCAAGAUAAAAAUGCCUCAAAAUCUAAAAGUAUGAUACAAUCAUUAUUAGUAUCACUACCACUGCCAUAUACUGGAAUAUUACAACAUAAAAAUAAUGUAGAAAAUAGACAUUUAGAAACGGGCAGUGUUGACUCAAUGCAACAAGAAUUAUGUUAUUUCAAACCUAUUGAUGGAUCAACACCCACCAGUUUCAGCCCUAAUAAAAGUUUUCCGUUGCGCGUGCCAAGUAUGCGAGCCGAACAAGAAAAUACUCCACUAGAACUGGGAGGUCCUCCAAGCCGAGACCAAUAUUUAGAAGGCUUAUGCCGCCUCAGAAAUAUAUCCUUAGAGCAGAAACUACCUUCUGCAUUUGUUAUUGCACUUAGCAUUUUAAGAGUAAAGAAGGAAACGCCUAAGAAAGGAGUAUCAAGGUCACGAAACAAAAAAAAUAUAGUAAGUCCUAGUGUCACUCCGGAAGAAUUGAAUACUAUUAAAAGAAAUGUUCCAAAUCGGAAACAGCAAGCAGUAAAAGUCGAUGGUAUAAGAAAAUUGAACGCCGAAAAAUCUUUACGACGCACCCGGUCCAUGGGAAGUAUAUCAAAAGACGAAAACGAAGUUACACCGAAGAAAAAGCUUAAAGAUAGGAAGGUGUCUUCCGAUAGAAAAGUUUAUUUGCGAAGUUAUGCAAAAAAACCAAAUACAAAAAGUGAGAUUGAUAGCCCACCUCUAGUUAAUGAAACUAUUAAUAAUAACAAAAUAAAUUUAGCUGUAAAGAACUUGUCUAGUCCAUUGGAGAAUUGUGAUGUUAAAAAUAUACUGCGGGAACAGUUGAGGAUCGAGAAGCUGAUCGAACAAGAAAAGACCGACUUUGAACUGGCGCAAAAGAUGGAGGCGGAGUGGAACGGGCGCCGGCAACCGCGGCGCGCCGCCAGCAAGCGCCAGGUCACUCUCGCAUAUGCCCUCAGACCCGCCAAAAAACUAAAGGUUUAGUUUUACUAUCGUUUUAAUUAAUGUAAAUUUUAUAUAAAUGCAUGAUGCCCUAAAAACUCAAUUAUCUCAUUAGUAAUUAUAAUCGUGUAUUGAUAAUCCUGCCGUUGAUAUUAUGCAUAUUUUGUAAAUUCAACAAAAAAUACUAGUUUUAAAAUAUCUAUAAUCUGAGAAUAAGAAUGCUUUAAAAUGCAAAUUAUUUGCAAUAAUUUUUGAAUAGGAUGUGGUCAUCUUGGAUUUGAGCAAAUCAAUUGGUAUUGACUUUCCUAAUAUGUGAGAAUCCAUUUUUGUUAAAUGUACUUUACACAAAAACUUGCAUGUGGAAGAAAAACAUUAGUUUUAUUUUGCCAUUGCCAUUGAUUUCACAAUUUAAACAAACAAAUAAUUCCCUUUGUUAAUUAUUAAAUACUCAGACAACAUGGCCAUAAAAAGCAAACCUUACGAAUUAUUUUAGAAGUUAACUUAUGAUUUCAGUCCAGAACCAAUAAAAUUGUAUAUGUUUAUAUUUUAUAAUACAAGGAUAUCGCAUUUGUAAUAAAGUUAAUAGCGCCAUUUACAGGCUAAGAAAAUAUUUGUGUAAAUUGGAAAACCCUCUUUGCAAGUCCAGUUUCUUAAGAGUGCAUUGUAGUCAUGGGUAACUCUUGAUAACCUACAGAUCCUAUGUAUGAAGCAGAUUAGUGAGCCGGUUCACAGUUCAACAAUUUUACCUGUAGAGUUGUCGUUUGCAUUUCGAGCUGCAAACUGUGAGUCACGAAGCAGCUUCUUGGCUCACAUAGUAAGUACAUCACAAUGAACUGUGAGCAGCCACUUUAGUUGUUGAGCCGCAGCACAAUGAACUAUGUGACUUGGACUUUUAACCAGUUGAGGGCAUUAUUUACACAUCAUAUCUAGAGCAUUAACACUUGUAAUAGUACAUCUUUUAUCCUCUCUUUUGUUGAAAGGGAUGAACAGGAAAAUACAAGUGUCACUUCAGUGAUUCAUUGAAGUUCUGGUUAUGAACAAUAACUUGCAUCUUAUUUUCCAUUUUUAACUAUAAAUCUUCAAAUUGUCAUUAUUGCAUCGGAUAUUUGUAAUGAUUCAUUUGAUGGCAGCUUUUUACCCACCAUUAAAAAGUUCAGUAUUAUAGACAUUAUUUUAUGUGCAACUUGGCAUGGAAAACUACUUGUAGAAAAGACUUUUGCGAUUAAGUCAUGCUGAUUUUAUCAUCACAACACUCAGAAAGACAAUACUAGAUCAGAUUACAACUGUGUUAUUAUAAUGUAACUGCUAUAACUGGUAUCAUUCCUACCAACAAAAUGUACAAUUCUUGCAUUGGCAUCUUAUUUAUUGUAUAUAUCUUACACACUGUACACAGAGGUGUUUUCAAUCUAACCUUUAUCUCAAAUAAUUGAUUAAGAAACAAGAAGUCUAUGGGUUGUUUAUCUCAUUAUGUGUAAAUCUAAAAAUAAUAUAUCCAAAAAAUUUACAUGUCAACAAAAACAAGUCCUUCUAGUGUUGUUUUUUUACAAUUGCUUUUAAAUUAAUUUAGUUUUCUGUUAUAUUUUUUAUUUCCCGACGUCCAUGUUGUUUAAAAUAAUAUUUUUCAAGGAAGACAAAUGAUUAUUUUUAUAAAUGCUUGCUGUGAUAUGCCACAAGUUGUUUUACAAAUUGCCAUUUA